AUGAGGAGUCAGGGAUUGGUCGCGCACAAGACGUCUCGAACAGGGGGAGCGGCGAAUCUCAAGGCUCCGUUAAAAGAGCUCUUCGUUUGCCGUUACGAGGACGUGUUCAAUGGACGUAGCCCGAUCAGCACGUGCAGGGAGAAAGGGUUCGAAGGACGGCAGGAGCUGCAACGCUUCUGGGACGAGCUUCUCCUCUUAAAAGUGAACGACGCCUAUCUUGCACAGUGCAUCGCAUCCAUCCCCGAGGAUCGCCUCAUUGGUCCUCUCAAGCCCACCAUCAACGAGAUCUUCUCUGCCUGCCUCAGAUAUCUGGGCGACGUGAAUUUCAUUCGAGUGGCACAUGCACUUGAAACCCUAGCCGUGUUUCUGCGGGAGAUUUUCAAGAAGAGGUUUGCAGAGCAGACCUUCACUAUAAUCACGCUCGUUGCAGGCAACGCGGACAGUGGGGAUGCGUAUUUUAAGAAGCUCAUUUGUGACGUCUCUGGGCUACUCACAGGGGAGAACGUGCCAGUGCUCAUAAAAGCACUUGGGACAAGGAGGAGGGGCGAGGGAGGGGCAGGUGGAUGGGCAGUGGGCGUAUGGGACGUGCGGUGUGCUGCUGCUGUAUUUCCUCGUCGCACUCAACCCCACUGCAAGAUCGCCUGCUGUGAGUAUGGGUGUCUGGGACUCUCAAGCGAGCAUGCUACAUCACAUCACACUGUCACGGAGAAGGUGGAUGGUCAGUGGGCCUGUGGCCGCAUGAGGGAUUCAUCGUGGGACGGACCGGGAAAAUUUCUCUUCCUCCUGUUGGGCGGCAUUCUUUGGCUGCUUCUGCUGUCAACACUCAUCCUCAUCCUCACUCAUCCUCAUCCUCACUCAUCCUCAUCCUCCCUCAUCCUCAUCCUCCCUCAUCCUCAUCCUCCCUCAUCCUCAUCCUCCCUCAUCCUCAUCCUCCCUCAUCCUCAUCCUCCCUCAUCCUCAUCCUCCCUCAUCCUCAUCCUCCCUCAUCCUCAUCCUCCCUCAUCCUCAUCCUCCCUCAUCCUCAUCCUCCCUCAUCCUCAUCCUCCCUCAUCCUCAUCCUCCCUCAUCCUCACUCAUCCUCUCUCAUCCUCAUCCUCCCUCAUCCUCAUCCUCCCUCAUCCUCAUCCUCCUCCAUCCUCAUCCUCCCUCAUCCUCAUCCUCCCUCAUCCUCAUCCUCACUCAUCCUCCCUCAUCCUCAUCCUCAUCCUCACUCAUCCUCACUCAUCCUUACUCCAUAUCCCCUCCACUCCACCCCAGUUGUGGCCGCAUGAGGGCUUCAUUGUGGGCCCCGGCAGGCCCCGGCAAGUCGCUCUCUCUCCUGUGGGGCGACUGCCUGCGCCUGCUGUUCCCGAGCUUAUGCUUGUCUCUCUGUGGCCGCACGAGGGCUUUGUUGUGGGGCCCGGCAAGUCCCUCUCCCUCCUAUGGGGCGACUGCCUGCGCCUGCUGCUGCUCACGUGCAGAGAUGCCUUUGACCCGCACGCCCUGCAAGGGGAGGGAGGGUUACCAAGGGCUAAGCGCCCAGGGGUGCCAGAAGUGGCAGAGAUAUCGCUAGGCCUUCUGGAGGCAUGUGUGGGAGCAGGAGCAGACCUGGUGGGCGGGUCUGGGAUUCAUUCAGGAGGGAGCAGCAUGGGCACGGGCGGGUGUGACGAUCUGGAGAUGCUGCACGCGCUGCUGCUGGCGCACAUGGGAGUGUUUGAGGGGCUGCAGGCGACGGCUGAGAGAAUCACGUUUGGGGCAGCUGCUAAAGUGUCUAUUACUGGAGGGAUCACUCUGGUGAACAUAAAGGAAUUGAGAGACCACUACGAGGUGCAGGCAGCAGGGAUGGGCAUGCGGCUGGGCAGCAUCACAGAAGACCAAGCACUAACAGUUAUUCGCAAGAAGGGCAUGACUGGACUGAAGGUGAAGCCACGUCAUGUGGGCCCCACACACGUGUACUCGGAGGGCACAGCUGAGCUGCGGAUUCUCACUGCUGUCACCCGGCUGCUGGUGAAGGAAAGCGAGACUCUAGUCCAAAUGGAGUCUUUUAAAAGAGUAAAGCUCGGCCCGAAUGAGUUUUCGUAUUCCCAGCCCGCGUUCUUCGGCGUUCCGUCUCUCCAUUGCAACAACAUCUCGAAGCCGAUUCCCUCUUCCGGCGACGCGAAAUCUCCAGCUUCAGCGAUUUUCGCAGACGCGAUGGCGCCACAAGUUCGUAGUUUCUCGCACGAUGUUCAACGGCCCGUCGCCGGCGACGGCUGCGACUCAACGAUGGCGCGUCGCACGUGCCACUUCGAUCGCGUGCCUGACGAGCUGGUCGCGGAAAUCGCGCGGUGCGUCUUCGCCAAAGCGCAGUCGGCGGCGGACGUUGCGGGGAUGCUCGUGACGUGCAAGCGGUUCAGCAGCGUUUGCCACCCCGCCGCCAGCUGGUCGCUACGCGCCUCCGCCGCCAUCGAAAUGCUUCUGCCGGCAGACGCGGCGCGAUGGACGGCGUCUGCGCAGCGGCUUCUCCUCAGCGCCGCGGCGGAGGGCAACCUCGAGGCGAUUUACGUUGUGGGCAUGAUCUCCUUCUACUGCCUCAACAACCACUGGGCGGGCGCAAAGCUCCUCGCGCAAGCGGCGGAAGCGGGGCACGGCGCGGCGAUGUACUCGCUCGCGAUAAUCAACUUCCACGGCAGCGGCGGCGCGGCGGACGACGCCAAUCCCGAGGUCGGCGUGGAGCUGAGCUGGCGCGCAGCGCGGCUCGGGUUCCUCCCCGCGUUACAGGAGCUCGGGCAUUGCUUCUUAGACGGGUACGGCGUCGCGCAGAGGACAUCGUUAGGGCAGCUGCUGCUACAGCACGCCGCGGCUGGCCUGGCGGAGGCGGAGCGGCGGAGCGCGAAGUCCAAGGCGCGCUCCGCGCCCGCUUCCCCCGCGUGCGCGGAAACAGGAGCUGCGGAAAGCAGUGGCCGUUUGCGCCAGGCGCAGGCGCAGGCGCUGGUUCAGCAAGGGGGAAAGCGGAAAGAGCAGCCGCAGCAGCGGGAGCUCCGCCGCAUCCCCCGGUCGCGCAGCUGGCCGCAGUGCCUCGUUUCUUCCCCCGUCGGCGCAGCCUCCGCCUCCGCCCGCGCGCGCGCGUGCGCGAGAGGUGACUGUAACGUGGCGCGCGGAAGGGGGAUGCUGCGAGUCGCCGACGCUGGAGGCGCGAGGCUUAGGGAGGAUGUGACUGAAGCGGAAAGAGGGGGCGGUGGCGCCAGAGGCGCGGCGGAAGGAAAGGAUGAGGGGAACAUCAAUGGUCGCGAUUACGCGCGAGGGGAGGAGCGGCAGAUGCGGCAGGGGGAAUCAAGAGUGGGCGGCGGUAGGAAUGAGGCAAGAGAGGUGGGAAGCGCGCAAGUUCCGUCUGAACAGGGGAAGGGUCGAACCCUGGUUUUCUCGCUCUGUUUGGAAGAGGAAAGGGAGGAGGAGGGGCAGGAGGGGGAGGAGGGGCAUGAGAGGCAGGGGGAGGAGGAGGAGGAGGAGGAGGAGGAGGAGGAGGAGGAGGAGGAGGAGGAGGAGGAGGAGGAUCAGAUGGGGAUGAUGAUGCUACUAAAGGAGAUUGUGAGGAAGAGGGAAGCGGAGGGUGCAGAGGGUGCAGAGGCCGACAUUCUGAGACGCUAUGGGGACGGGUGUGGAGAGGAUCAAGACUCUUGGAUGGAUUCGGAGGAUGACGAGAGUGAUGGGGAGGAGGGGGAGAGUGAGGAGGAGGAGGAGGACGAGAGGGAGGACGGGCCAAGCAGACCACUGCUGUCUGCUGCGCCCUUCGCAUCCCUCUCCUUCAUUCGGCAAAUGCUCCCACUCACCUCCUCUCCUACUGCUUCUGCCGCUGCCGCCACUGAUAUAGCUGGGCACAGCAGAGGAUCAGCAAUUGCAGCUACCCCUGCUGCUGCCGCCACGUCAGCAGCUGCUGCAUCCACCGCUGCCCUCCAGCUGGCGUUUCCGCGCCCGCAUGCCGCCCAUCGCGUGCACGAAUUCCUCGCCAGCUGGCACGCGCUACGCUCGCUGCCAGCUGGCAGGCGCUGCUGCGGUAACCCUGCGUGCUGCCGCCCGGAGACGAGGGAGAACGAGUUCAGGAGUUGUGUGCGAGCAGCAGCGGCGCGUGGGGGCAGGCGGGGGUCUUACCAGGCCGUUCUCUCCUCUCCGCUCCCCUUCCCCUUCCUUGUGCCAACAGUCAAACAAGGAGACGAUGCAUUGGAGAUCUGCCGCGUGGUGAACGGCAUGUGGCAGAGCAGCAGUGGCGCGUGGGGGCAGGCGGCACCAGAUGCGGUGGUGGAGGCGAUGCUGCAGCAUGCUGAUGCUGGGCUCACCACCUUUGAUAUGGCUGACAUAUACGGCCCUGCAGAGAGUUACUAUGGGGCGAUGAUCGACAGGCUGAGGAGGGAGCGAGGGGAGGAGGCUGCAUUUGGUGUGCAGGGUCUCACCAAGUUUGUCCCCCGCCCCGACCGCAUGACCCGAGACGUGGUGGAGGUUGCAAUUAACCGCUCCCGCACGCGCAUGCAAGUCAAGACCAUCGACCUGCUGCAGUUCCACUGGUGGGACUACAGCAACCCCGGGUACCUAGACGCGUUGAAGCACCUCACUGACCUCAAGGAGGAGGGGAAGAUCAAGACGAUUGGAUUGACCAACUUUGAUACUAAGCGGUUGCAAGUGAUACUGGAAAACGACAUUCCCGUUGUCAGCAACCAGGUGCAGCACAGCCUAGUGGACAUGCGCCCGCAGCAGCAGAUGGCUCAGCUCUGUGCUCUUACAGGGGUGCAGCUUAUAACGUACGGCACUGUGAUGGGCGGGCUUCUAUCAGAGAAGUAUCUGCAUGCAAAGGAGCCUAACAGCAUGUUCGGACCUCGUCUUGCCACACCAUCUUUGAACAAGUACAAGCAGAUGGUGGACGCGUGGGGCGGCUGGGCGCUGUUCCAGGAGUUGCUGAGGGAGUGUGAGACGGUGGCAAAGAAGCACGGGGUGACCAUUGCUGCAGUGGCCGUGCGCUCCAUUCUCGACCAGCCGGCAGUAGCAGCGUCAAUGGUGGGUGUGCGGCUGGGUCUGCAGCAACACAUCGCGGACAACAAGAAGAUCUUUGACUUGAAAUUGGACGAUGAGGACCGUGCGAGGAUCGCCAGUGUUACCAGCAGAGGCCGGGACCUCCUUGCUGUGAUUGGUGACUGCGGGGACGAGUACAGAAAAAAUGCUCCUGAUGCCGCCUGCCGUAUUCAAUGCCACAAUGCCCUUUCGCUCUCCCCCCCUUCGUCCCCCCUCAAAUCCCUCCGCUCUCUCUUUCCCCCCGUUCCCUUUUCCCCCUCCCCGCGUCCCCCCGGCUCUUCUAUACGACUCUCACAUCGCACUCUCCCUCUUCCAACGAGCAGCAGUCGCAGUAGGGGCGUCAGUGGGAGCACUGGCGAACCCUGCAGAGUCCCCCUGUAUGACUCGCACAUCCCCCUCUCGCCUCUGCAAAGAGCAGCGGUAGCCAUAGGGGCGUCAGUGGGAGCACUGGCCAACCCUGCACGGGCGGAUCUGGUGGCGGCUGUGGGGGAGACGACUGGGGUGGUGGCGCUGGGGCGCAUCAGAGAGCAGAUGAGGGCGAGUGAGGAGGGACGGGCAAUACUUGAGGAGAAACCCCGGGUAACAGACGCCACACUGCAGGCAGCAGAGCAGUGCGGCAGAGGCACCUUCGGCGCGGCAUAUGCCCACUUCAUGCGCUCUCGUCGUUUUGAGCCCCACGAACGCCCGCCCGUGCGAUUCAUUGACGACCCAGAGCUGGCCUAUGUGGCCACACGGCUAAGGGAAGUGCACGACUUUUGGCACACCAUGUUCGCCCUCCCCACCACCGUCUCUGGAGAGCUAGCCCUCAAGCUCAUAGAGUUCACCCAAACGGGCCUCCCCAUGUGCCUCCUUGCCUCCCUGGGCGCGCCCAUCCGCCUCUCCCCCGCCCGCCGCUCCCUCCUCCUCUCCUCCAUCUACCCCUGGGCUCUGGGCGCUGGUAUCAGAGCGGUGCCGCUAGCAGGAAUCUACUACGAGAGGCGCUUUAGGGAGGAUUUAAGUGACUUGAGGCUCGAAUGGAAGAUUGCUGCUGCUCCAUCGCGGUUCUUUGAGUGGAAAGUUGCUCCCACAGGACCCUGUGCCUUGACUCGUAAGGGCUGA